AUGAAGAAGUGCCCUAUUAUGUAUCUCCCUCCUCUCCAAUUCAGGGGGAGGGGGAGUGAAUUGGAGAGUCUUGGAUUGGAGAAUGAUGUGUUUGAAGAUGCUUCUCUUGGGAAGGAAACGACCUGUCGCACUGAAGCAAGUGACCGGUCACCCAUAUCUGAAGAUGAAACUUGUGGUCCCUAUGAAGAAACUACUGAUCGCCCUUUGGAACUCGAUCAUUUGCCCAUAUCUGGAGAUGAAGUAGGUGCUCUCGGUGUCACUAAAGCAAGUGACCAGUCGCCUGUAUCUGAAAAUAAUGACAGUGAUUCUUGUAUGGAUGAGUUCAAUGUAAUACCACCAUCUGCCCUGCUAUUGCCCCAAUCUACUCGUGAUAGUGAAUCAAGUGAGGUAAUUUCUAAUGAUCUACCUGUGUCAACUUAUCAGUUACCCCCACGAACCACUCGUGGGAAACCUAAAGUACAAUAUUCUCCUGAUAUACAUGCCAAGUCUAAGUAUCCCAUUAGCCAUUUUGUGUCAACUCAUCGUUUGUCUAAGUCAUAUGCAUCAUAUUUGUGUCAAUUAUCUAGUGUAUGUGUGCCAACUAAGCUGCAGGAUGCUUUAUCUCACCCAAAAUGGAUGGAUGCCUUGAACAAGAAUAAAACAUGGGAUUUAGUUCCUUUGCCACGAUGGAAGAAAGCUGUUGGAUGCAGAUGGGUGUUUACUUUGAAGCAUAAAGCUGAUGGUUCCAUUGACCGUUACAAGGCUAGAUUGGUAGCAAAGGGUUAUACUCAGACCUUUGCUCCAGUGGCAAAGCUCAAUACUGUGCGUGUACUAUUGUCCUUGGCUGAUAACUGCGACUGGCCCUUAUUACAAUUCGAUGUCAAAAAUGCAUUUCUGCAUGGUGACCUCAAAGAGGAGAUUUACAUGGUGACCUCAAAAAUGCAUCUCCCUCCUGGUAUUCCUGUAACCUCUAAGAAGGGUGUUGUGUGUAAGCUACGGAAGUCUUUAUAUGGAUUGAAGCAGUCCCCAAGAGUGUGGUUUGGGAGAUUUGCAGCAUCUAUGAAGAAAUUUGGGUAUGUACAGAGUAACUCAGACCAUACUUUGUUUCUAAAGCGUCGUAAAGGUAAAUUGACAGCUUUAAUUAUUUAUGUUGAUGAAAUGAUUGUAACUGGAGAUGAUCAGGCAGAAAUGCAAAAUCUUCAGAAGUAUCUGGCUUCCGAGUUUGAGAUGAAGUCAUUGGAGACUGGAAUGUUAGAUUGUAAACCAAUUGAUACACCUAGUGAACAGAAUCAUAAGUUGGGGUUGUAUCCUGAUCAAGUCCCUACAGAUAAAGAGCGUUAUCAACGAAUUGUGGGGAAAUUGAUUUAUUUAUCUCAUACACGUCCUGAUAUUGCAUAUGCAGUGAGUGUAGUGAGUCAGUUUAUGCAUUCUCCUAGUGAAGAUCAUAUGGGUGCUGUGAUGCGCAUCUUGAGGUAUCUGAAAGUAACUCCUGGAAAUGGGUUAAUGUUUUGCAAUUAUGGUCAUAUAGAUGUGGAAGGGUAUACGGAUGCUGAUUGGGCUGGUUCAGUCACUGAUAGACGUUCUACGUCUGGGUAUUUCACAUUUGUUGGUGGUAAUCUUGUUACUUGGAGGAGUAAAAAGCAAAAAGUGGUGUCUAGAUCUAGUGCCGAGGCAGAGUACUGUGGGAUGGCUCAAGGUGUGUGCGAGUUACUAUGGUUGAGAAGAUUGUUGAGAGAUCUUGGGUUUGGACCCCAGAAACCCAUGGAUCUGUAUUGUGAUAAUAAAGCUGCAAUUGCAAUUGCGGAUAACCCUGUGCAACAUGAUCAUACAAAGCACGUGGAGGUUGAUCGACAUUUUGUUAAAGAGAAGUUAGAUGCUGAAAUUAUUUCUUUUCCGUUUAUAUCAUCCGAGUACCAACUGGCAGAUGUUCUUACGAAAGCUGUGUCUACUACGGUCUUUCUCAACUCUCUUGACAAGUUGGGCAUGUGUGACAUCUUUGCCCCAACUUGA